UGCUUCCCGAGCCCGCCCUUCCCACUUCCUCCGGGCGCCGCGCCCUCGGAGGCCGCUUUUCCACCGCUCCAAGCUCGAUUAAGGCUGUGGGUCCACUGUGGGCAGAUGGAAGGGACGGAGACCCGACAUCGGAGGCUGGAAGGUUGUGCCAGGCCGGAGGAGCCAGGACUGCCAUCCUCUGUCAGCACAGGAAGACUUGCUGAGGAAUCAGAAGAUGUGCAAGUGGUGGCCCCUGUGGCUCCUCAACCACUGGAGGUUGAGCCCAGCCAGGAGACUGCCUUGGCCGUUGGCAUGCAGGUGAUAGUACCCUUCCUGUUUGCAGGCCUGGGGCUGUCAUGGGCCGGCAUGCUCCUGAACUACUUCCAGCACUGGCCAGUGUUCACAGAAGUUAAAGACCUUUUGACGUUGGUGCCGCCACUAGUGGGCCUGAAGGGGAACCUGGAAAUGACCCUGGCCUCACGACUCUCCACUGCAGCCAACACCGGGCAAAUUGAUGACCCCCAGGAAAAACGCAGAGUUAUCAGCAGCAACCUCGCCCUUGUGCAGGUGCAAGCCACCGUCGUCGGGCUCCUGGCUGCCAUGGCUGCCCUGCUGCUGGGUACCGUGUCUCGGGAGGAGCUGGACUUGGCCAAGGUGGCCUUGCUGUGCGCCAGCAGUGCCAUCACCGCCUUCCUCGCCGCCUUUGCCUUAGGACUGCUCAUGGUCUGCAUAGUGAUUGGUGCUCGAAAACUGGGGGUCAACCCAGACAAUAUUGCCACACCCAUUGCGGCCAGCCUGGGAGACCUCAUCACACUGUCCAUUCUGGCCUUGGUUAGCAGCUUCCUGUACCAACACAGAGACACCUGGUACCUGACACCACUGGCCUGCGCGGGUCUCAUGGCUCUGACCCCGCUCUGGGUGGUCAUUGCCAAGCAGAACCCGCCAAUCAUGAAGAUCCUGAAGUUUGGGUGGUUCCCCAUUGUGCUGGCCAUGGUCAUCAGCAGUGUUGGAGGGCUCAUCCUGAGCAUGACCGCAUCAAAGCAGCAGUACAAAGGCAUGGCCAUAUUUACGCCCGUCAUGUGUGGAGUUGGUGGCAACCUGGUGGCCAUCCAGACCAGCCGGGUCUCCACCUUUCUACACAUUUGGAGCACCCCUGGUGUUCUCCCUCUCCAGAUGAAAAAGUUCUGUCCGAACCCCUGUUCUACUUUCUGUACCUCAGAGGCAGCACUGACCCCAGUGACCAUCCUGCUGUACCUGGCAGAGGUGAUGGUUCGGCUGGCCUGGCACCAGGCCCUGGACCCUGACAACCACUGCAUCCCCUACCUCACGGGACUGGGGGACCUGCUGGGCACUGGCCUUCUGGCUCUCUGCUUCUUUCUGGACUGGCUACUGAGAAGCAAAGUAGAGCUGAGUGGCCUCUCAGAACUGGCCUCUGGGCCACCCUGA